AUGGCUUUCGACGAUAAGGAGAAAUAUACGGCUGAUGUUUCGCCCCCGUCGCCCACGGCCGAUGGCGACAUCGAGGCCGCUCAGACUGGAGAGUUGAAGAGAAAGUUGAAGGGUAGACACAUGCAAAUGAUUGCAAUUGGUGGUUCCAUCGGAGCUGGUUUGUUCGUCGGUUCGGGUUCCGCACUUCAUUCUGGUGGUCCCGCCAGUUUAAUAAUAUGUUUUUGUAUAAUCGGGAUCAUGCUGUUGCUUACUGUUAAUGCGCUGGGCGAGCUUGCUGCUAUCUAUCCUGUUCAAGGCUCUUUCUACAACUACUCGGUUCGUUUCAUCGAUCCAGGAUGGGGGUUCGCGAUGGGAUGGAAUUAUGCUCUCAACUGGCUCGUCGUUCUCCCUUUCGAAUUAACAGCUGCUGGUAUAACAAUCGGAUUUUGGACCGAUCCAGAUAACUCGGGAAAUCCAUCUGUGAACGUUGGAGUUUGGAUUACUAUAUUCCUCGUUGGCGUUACUAUUAUCAAUAUGUUCGGAGUUAAAGGCUAUGGGAACGUAGAGCUUUAUCUAGGAGCAAUCAAAGUGAUCUCGGUGAUUGCAUUUAUCAUACUCGGAAUUGUCAUCGAUUGUGGUGGUGUUCCAACCGAUAGCCGUGGCUAUAUCGGCGCCAAAUACUGGGGAAACCCUGGUGCCUUCCGCAAUGGCUUCAAAGGCUUCUGUUCCGUCUUCGUGACAGCCUCAUUCGCGUUUGGCGGUACUGAGAUUGUGUGUUUAGCUUCUGCGGAGGCGGAUAACCCACGAAAAUCGAUCCCUAAAGCUACCAAGCAAGUUUUCUGGCGGAUCUCCCUUUUCUACAUCAUUUCGCUUUUCAUCCUGGGUCUAAUCGUCCCCUCUGACAACCCUAUACUCUCCAAAGCCUCCGGAGGUAACACAUCCUAUUCUCCCUUCGUCCUAUCUUUCCGUCUCGCAGGAAUCAAAGCCCUCCCCUCUAUAUUCAACGCCGUCAUCACUCUAUCCGUCAUCUCUGUCGCUAACUCCUGUACUUUCGCCUCUACCCGUACCAUCCAAGCUCUCUGCGCCAAAGGCAUGGGUCCUUCCUGGGGCGGAAAGGUCGAUAAACAUGGUCGUCCCUACGUCGCUAUCGCCGCCGCUCUCAUUUUCGGUUUACUCGCCUAUAUAAACGUUGCUCCUCAGGGCUCCACCAUCUUCACUUGGCUACUGUCUCUCUCCGGUCUCUCCAAUUUCUUCACAUGGGGCUCGAUUUGCUUUGCUCAUAUCCGAUUCCGCAAAGCAUGGACAAUGAACGGUCGUACAAAGGAUGAUCUCCCCUUCGCAGCCAUGUUUGGAACAAUCGGAUCAUGGAUUGGUCUUGGGCUCGUUUUCCUCUGCCUCGUCGCCCAAUUCUAUGUUGCACUUUUCCCCAUCGGUGGAAAACCCGAUGCCCAAGCUUUCUUUGAAGCUUAUCUAGCUGCGCCAAUUGUUAUUCUCUUCUUUGUCGCUUAUAAAAUGUAUUACAAACAAUGGUCUCUCGGUGUAAAGCUCGAUCAAAUCAAUAUUGACGAGGGGAGACGAGAAUUAGAUUUGGUGGCGUUUAGAGAGGAAUUGGAUGAGGAGAGGAGGGUCAAGGCUACUUUGCCUUGGUUAAAGAGACAGUGGAAUUUCUUGUGUUGA